GCCGUAGGGCUGCGCAUGCGCAAAAGACUCACCACUCGCUCACUGCCGCGUCCCUUCCCGAGCAGCCUCGGCCUCGCGCGUGCGCAGUGCGGCUCUCCGUGCCGGGUUGGCCGCGCGUGCGCAGGAGACCGGGUCGGCGGGUCUGGGUCUCAGAGCGGACGGGUCGGCGGCGGCGUCUCGCGGGGCACCAUGGCCGUGGGCACAGGCACGUCCCUGGCGCUCUCCUCGCUCCUCUCCCUGCUGCUCUUCACCGGGAUGCAGAUGUACAGCAAGCAGCUGGCCUCCACCGAGUGGCUGACCAUCCAGGGCGGGCUGCUGGGAUCCGCGCUCUUCAUCUUCUCCCUCACCGCCUUCAACAACCUGGAGAGUCUGGUCUUCGGCAAAGGGUUCCAAGCCAAAAUAUUCCCGGAGAUUCUCGUCUGUCUUUUACUCGCUCUCUUUGCAUCAGGCCUCAUCCACAGAGUGUGUGUGACCACCUGCUUCAUCUUCUCCAUGAUUGCCCUCUACUACAUCAAUAAGAUUUCCUCCACGCUCUACCAGUCUGCAGCACCCAUGGCAGCGCCCGCCAAGGCCAUUGGCAAAGGCAAGAAGAGGAAUUGAUGCCCCCAUGAACCCUCCCAUCCAGCCUGCCCGGGACUCUGGGGUACCCAAUAAAACGGUCUCUUUGUAACCUCUG